GUGGAGAAGAGAGUCAAUUUUAAAGAGAGAAAAAAAGCAGUUGAACGCAACUGAAAUUCCAAUCCUCCGAGCGUAAUUCAACGUUUGCAUUUUAUCAGUGUAUUAAAUAACAACAGCUCUAGAUUAAGAUAGAGAGCGAGAGAAAGAAAGAAGGUAACGAAACCAAAAGAAGGAAACAAACUUUCGGGAAGAUGUCGUUUAAUUCACUCUUGAAAUGUUUGCUGACUUUGUUCGCCGUCUUGUCGGCGAUUCCAAUUUUAACGGAAGCGCAUCCACUCGCAACCGACUCGGAUUGUAUCAUCCAAGUGAAAAAGGAUUUGGGAGAACCGCAACCACUGUUACUCAAUCCACGAACCGAUGAGUUUCUAUUUCCCAAAACGAGCGAUGGUGAAAUUGAAUUUUCACAGGGUGAUGGCAUCAAAAUGUAUUGCACACAUGGCUUUCGUUCGCCAUUCGAUGGCAAAAAAUCGAUUAUGGCUUCAUGCGUUGCUGGCAAACAAUUUAAAGUCGAUAACAAUUUGGUGGAUGUUUCGAGGCUCGUUUGCAUUCAAUAUCCAGAGCACAACGUUCGUCGUACGAAUGACAAGUGCACGGACGGUAUAAUUGCUGAAAUUGGUUUUCAAACGGAUCGCAAAUGGUUGCAUUUGAUGCGAGUGUGUCACAAUGAAACGAUUGGCUCGACAAAUUGGGUACAAUAUAAACAAAAUCCAGCAAAUCGCGGCUAUCAACACGCAAUCAAACAAGUUGAUUUCGUACAAGGCGACUUUUAUCAAGGGCUCAAGGUGAACGAUUUGUAUUCGCGAAAUGUUCAGCGUGAAACAUGUUCGAUAAUUCUACAGUCGAAACCGUUGUGCAUGAAUUUGAUGCCGAACGGAGGGGAUUAUUUUUUAUCAAGAGGUCAUUUAGCUGCACGCUCUGACUUCAUUUACACUACACAUCAACGGGCAAGCUAUUACUUUCUCAAUGUAGCAUCUCAAUGGCAAUCGCUGAACGGGGCCAAUUGGAACAUACUAGAAGAGCAUUUGAGACGUUACAUCGAUCAACAGAAUUUAAAUGCCGAAAUUCACACGGGAACGUAUGGAAUUGUGCAGUAUGAUGAUCGGAAAGGCAUAUCACGAGACAUGUAUUUGUCAUCAAAUGAAAAGACAAAAUUUCAGAAGAUACCCGUUCCAAAAAUCUAUUAUAAAAUGGUUGUCGCCGACAAUGAUGCCGGGAUCGUAUUCAUCGGCGUGAACAACCCGUAUGCAGACGAAGCGGAAAUCAAACGAAACUACAUUUUCUGCGAAAAUGUGAUAUCCAAAGUGAAUUAUAUUCCAUGGAAACCAAACCUACGACUGGGUCAUAUAUACGCCUGUCCGAACGAUGAAUUCGUUAAGUUUGUUCCGAACGCACCAAAAGUGCCGAAAAUCAAUCGGAUAUUGCUGUAAUGGAUUGUAUGCGAGGGGUAAACCACCUCAGAAUUGGCGGAUGGAGGAUAUGAAACGUGCUCGUAUAACGUACUGAUAAAACCUUCUGAAAAUCCAUAAGAAAAACCAUACGUCAGAUGAUAAAUAAAUUUGGAAUGACUGGCAGGUCGUAAAAAAAUUUAUGGCAUCCUU